GCGACGGUCAUGUGCAAUGUGCGAGAAUACAUAACUCCUGUGGAUAUUGAUCCUUCUUCUAGUCAUAUUCCCUAUGGCACCAUGCCCUGUUGUCUGCUUUUCAAUCACGACGCAAAACCGACCAAGGCCGAGCGAAAUGAUAGCUGCACGAUUGGCUCAAAAUGCACGUCGGUAUCGAGGCCCGAUCGUCCAUGAGGUGACACCAUAGGCACCCAUUACCGCCAUUUUUUUCGCCUUGUUCUGCUCCGUUUUUUCACGAUCGUCGUACCGUUGCGCAAACGCUGCUCACGUCACUAUCGUGGCAAUCGUCACCGACCCGCCGCUGUCGAACGAAACAACGGCACAUAGCUAGGUGCCCCACCUGUCUGAACCCCUCCAUCGCGCGCCGACAAACUUCAACACACCAACUCUACACACACAUCAACACCAUGGGCAAGCCUCCGAAUCUAUACGCUUUCCAGAGCGCUGCCGAGCUCGCCCCGAGCCUGCGCACCUACGUGCUCGACGCCCAAAACGCUGCGCUCGAGCGCCACCAAGUUUUCCGCGUCGCCGUUUCUGGCGGCUCCCUGCCCAAGACGCUUGCCCAAGCGCUUCUCAAGGAGACCAAUGGCGAAGGAAAGGUGCAAUUCGACAAGUGGGAGAUAUUCUAUGCCGACGAACGCGCGGUGCCUCUCGAUCACGAAGACAGCAAUCACCGACUGGUCAAGGAGGAGCUUCUUGACAAGAUACCGUCUGAGCUAGGCACACCCAAGGUCUACCCAAUCGACGUCAAGUACCUCGAUGACGUACAAGAGCUGGCCGACCAGUACGAGAAGACGCUCGUCAGUGUGUUUGCCGCACGCGACAGCGUAAAGUUGCCACUCUUCGACCUGCUUCUGCUUGGCUGUGGACCGGACGGACACACCUGCAGUUUGUUCCCCGGUUCUGAGCUUUUGCGCGAAACCGAAGCAUGGGUACUCUCCAUCUCCGACUCUCCCAAGCCUCCCCCGAAGCGCAUCACCAUCUCCCUUCCCGUCGCGCAACAUGGACUCAAGAUCGCCUUCGUCGCGACUGGUGGAGGAAAGAAGGAUAUCAUGCGCCAAAUCUUUGAUUCUGACGAGGGUCAGCAGCUGCCGUGUGGUUUGGUGAACCACAAGGGCGGAGACCGCGUUAGCUGGUUUGUUGAUUACGCUGCUAUCGAGGGUGUUUCUUUCCCAGCGCGCCGUGGUAGCCUGUGAGAACAGGGAACGGAUUAGCUGUGCUUUCGUAUGGGAUGGACGUACGCGCCAUUUCACGAAGUAUGCAUUGGUCGCUCACUCGGCUUAGAUACAAUAGAUAACGAACUCUGACGAUAUUCCCAUUCCA